CUAAUCAGCCUUGGCAGAUACGGCGCCACUGGCGGGAGCUGAAGCAAUGGCAAUCUUGUUAUCUUCGGUGAGUCUCCCUUCAACGCGGGCAAAGCUUAGCCCGGUGCUUUUCGAAGAUGGUGUAAUAGAAGGAAAUUCAACAGCAACGUUUCGUCUUUUUACAGGAAUGAGAAAAAAUAGCAGGAAGAACGACAUCAAAUUUUCAUUUGUUGCGUUAUCAGUGAAGAGCAAAUACACAAUUCAAGAAACACAGAAAAAUAAUUGGAAAAACCCAAGAAAAGUUGGUGGAAACCCAAUUUUGAGUGAAGGAAGAGAUGAGGAUGAGAGCUAUGGCCAAAUUUGUCCUGGUUGUGGAGUUUAUAUGCAAGAUGAAGACCCAAAUCUUCCUGGUUAUUAUCAAAAAAGAAAGUUGACUCUAACAGAAAUGCCAGAGGGUCAGGAUAAUAUGGAGGGUUUAUGGGUCGAUGAGUUGGGUUCUGAAGAAGAGGAUGUUGUGGAUGAUAUUGAGAGUAAAUUUGAAGGAAGUGAUGGGGAGGAAAGCAAUUUGGGAACGGAAGAUGGCAAUGAGUUUGAUUGGGAUUCUGAUGAGUGGGAAUCGGAGUUGGAGGGUGAAGAUGACGAUCUGGACUUGGAUGGUUUUGCUCCAGCAGGUGUUGGAUAUGGUAAUAUUACAGAGGAGACUAUUAACAAAAGAAAAAAGAAGAGGGUCUCAAAGUCUGAGAAGAAGAGAAUGGCUAGGGAGGCUGAGAAAGAGAGGGAGGAGGUUACAGUUUGUGCAAGGUGCCAUUCUUUGAGGAAUUAUGGGCAAGUGAAGAACCAGAUGGCCGAAAACUUAAUACCCGAUUUUGAUUUUGAUAGGUUGAUUGCUACCCGGUUGAUGAAACCCACUGGGACUGCUGAUGCCACAGUUGUAGUUAUGGUGGUUGAUUGUGUUGACUUUGAUGGUUCAUUUCCAAAACGGGCAGCAAAGUCUUUGUUCAAGGCAUUGGAGGGGAGCAGAGUUGGGGCAAAGGUUAGUAGAAAAUUGCCUAAACUUGUUCUUGUCGCUACAAAAGUUGAUCUCCUCCCAUCACAAAUUUCACCAACUAGAUUAGAUAGAUGGGUACGGAAUCGGGCCAAGGCUGGAGGUGCACCUAAGCUAAGUGGGGUUUAUUUGGUUAGUGCCCGGAAGGAUUUGGGUGUCAGAAAUUUGUUGUCUUUUAUCAAGGAAUUGGCUGGCCCUCGUGGAAAUGUGUGGGUUAUUGGGUCUCAGAAUGCAGGUAAGUCUACUCUUAUCAACACAUUUGCAAAGAGAGAGGGAGUGAAACUCACAAAGCUUACAGAAGCUGCUGUUCCUGGGACAACUCUUGGAAUUUUGAGAAUUGGAGGGAUUUUGUCAGCCAAGGCGAAGAUGUAUGACACCCCAGGGCUUCUCCAUCCAUAUUUAAUGUCCAUGAGAUUGAAUAGGGAUGAGCAGAAAAUGGCUGAGAUACGGAAGGAGCUACAGCCUCGGACUUAUAGGAUGAAGGCUGGGCAGGCUGUUCAUGUUGGUGGCUUAAUGAGAUUAGACCUUAAUCAGGCUUCAGUGGAAACAAUUUAUGUCACAAUUUGGGCAUCACCAAAUGUUUCUCUACACAUGGGGAAGAUAGAAAAUGCUGAUGAAAUCUGGAGAAAGCAUGUUGGAGUUAGGUUGCAGCCUCCUAUCAGAGUGGAUCGAGUUUCAGAAAUAGGAAAAUGGGAAGAGCAAGAAAUCAAAGUGUCUGGAGCAAGCUGGGAUGUGAACAGCAUAGAUAUUGCAGUAGCUGGCUUGGGUUGGUUCUCGUUGGGUCUCAAAGGUGAAGCAACAUUGGCAUUAUGGACAUAUGAUGGCAUUGAGGUAAUUCUACGCGAACCUUUGGUUCUUGAUCGAGCACCAUUCCUUGAGAGACCUGGGUUUUGGCUACCAAAGGCUAUAUCUGAUGCCAUUGGCAAUCAAUCUAAACUUGAAGCUGAAGCAAGGAAAAGAGAUCAAGAGGAGAGUACAACAUCCCUUUCAGAGAUGUCUACUUGAAAGUUAAGUGAAGGCUGUCAGUUUGUCACUCUUCCUGUCAGCAACAUGGUUAAACAUAUAGAUGAGAGAAACUGGAGGAUUCAAUAGGAAAUAGAUUUUGGUGGCUUUUGGCCAAAGUAAAAAACAGUAUAUUUGACACUUUUUUGACAUGGUUGAGCUAACCACCAUCAAUGUGUAAUUUUCCAGAUCUAGAAAAGGAUUUUUGAUGCAGUGUCCUUCCUUCUGGUGGAAGAUGGGAUCAAUGAGAGGUAGUGUGAAACAAUGUUAGUUGAGAUGUAUAUCCUUGUACUAUCAACAGAAGCAUUUUCAUUUUCUUCUAAGGAACAAUAACAUAAUCUUAGUGCCAUU